AUGAGUUACCAGAACUUAGGGGAUAACAGCUCAGGCGGCUACGGCCAGUACAACCCGUACGGAAGUCAGCAGAAUCCCUAUGGCGCCCAGGAGCAACAGAACUAUGGAUAUGGUGCUGGUUAUAACCAGGCUGGUGCUGCAGAGCAAGGAAAUGGUGGCUAUGAGAUGUCCAACAUCAACCAAGCUUCAUCUGGUGGCCCAACUGCAAUUCUGAACAAGUGCAAGGAGAUGAACGAAAGCAUCGCCGAGCUGACGAAGAAGCGUGAGACCCAAUUGGUCGCCGCCCAAAAGGCCCUUCUGGACUCAAGCACCGGCAAAGAGGACCAGGCCUCGCGCCAAACACUCGACUACAUUGAGGAUGAGAUCAAUACUGCGCUGCGCUACCUGCGCGAUCAGUUCAAGCGCAUCAAGGAGACUCCGGGAUCCGGCGACUCGCGCGUACAGGGCCAGGUCGAGAACGUCAGCCGCAACCUGCGUCGUGAGAUUGAGCAGUACCAGCGCACACAGAGCGAUUUCCAGAAGCGUCUGGAGGAGCAAGUGCGCCGCCGAUACGAGAUUGCCAACCCCGAGGCUUCCCCCGAGGAGUUGGAGCAGGGUGUACAAAAUGUUCUGAUGGGACAAGAGCAGAGCUUUGUUGUUCCCGGUACUCGCACUCGCCAGGCCAACGAUGCCCGCCAGGCGACUCUGCAGCGUUCCGCUGCCAUCCGCAAAAUCGAGCAGGAUCUGAUCGAACUUAGCCACCUGUACAAUGAGGUUGCAGAGCUGGUGCACCAGCAGGAACCUGCAGUCGAGCAAAUUGGGAUAGGAGCCAGUGACGCAGAAACAAACGUCAGGGAUGCCAACACCAAGCUUGACACUGCUAUUCAGAGCGCCAAGAACGCUCGGCGCUGGAAGUGGUGGGCGCUGUUAGUUGUUGUCAUUAUUAUUGCUAUCAUCGUCGGUGUGGUCGCUGGCAUCUUCGCCAACAAGAAGUGA